AGAGGAGUCCUGCGCUCCGACACCGACAAGCUACAGCGCGGCGUAGCUCCUCCUCCUGGGGGAUGAUGGGGACAGUAUCUGACAGUUGUUGCUGCCGAGCACGCUGCUUCUUCAGUCCCAGCAGUGGGUCUUUCAGAGGGCACAGGAUCCUAACAGAAGUCGCGCUCAACCUUUUCUUCUUCACAAUUUACACCGAAACACAUAAAUGACCAUGGGGAAAGGCUGCAUAACAGUGAGCAAGUACUUCUUGUUCCUCUUCAACCUCAUCUUCUUUCUGUUUGGGGCCGUCAUCGUUGGCUUUGGAUUUUGGAUUCUCCUGGACAGUCAGACUUUCAUCGUUGCCCUGAAAAACUCCACAGAUGUGGAGUUGGCAUGCUACAUUUUGAUCGGAGUUGGAGCUUUCCCCAUUCUCAUAAGCUUCCUCGGUUGCUUGGGGGCCAUUUAUGAGAUCCGCUCUCUGCUGAGCCUGUACUUCAGCGUCCUCCUGCUCAUCCUCAUUACUCAGUUUGCAGCUGGUGCCCUCAUCUACUUUCAGAAGGAUGUGGUCAAUGAGCAGAUCUCCAAGGUCAUCACUAAGGUACUGGACAAAUAUUCUGGGAACAAUUCAACCACAGAGCAGGCCUGGGAUUUCAUCCAGACGAACAUGGAGUGUUGUGGCUGGAUUGAUCGUAGGGAUUGGAGUGGUAACAUGGUCAUCGUCAACAGCUCACAGCUGCUGUUUCCCUGCUCCUGCCAGAACAUCUCACUUAUUUCUGGAAACUUCUCUGACAGUGGAUUCUGUGAGGCUAAGACACCUGACUGGCCUGUAUACGAUGUGGGAUGUGCCACCAGCGUGGAGAGAUGGCUCCUCACCAACACUGGGGUUGUGUUAGGCAUUUGCCUUGGAGUGACUCUUAUUGAGCUGCUGGGGAUGAUCCUGUCCAUCUGCCUGUGCAGGAACGUUCACAUGGAGGAUUAUACCAAAGUGCCAAAGUACUGAAGCUCAGCAGAGGAAGUUACAUUACUGAACUCAAGAAACACACAAAUAGGGAGCAAAGUAUUUGGUGAAAUUGUAUCCAAGGGUAUAAUAAUGAAAUAUGUCUAUUUUUUUUCCUUAGAUUUUAUUAGAUUUUAUCCUCUAAGGCUUUUUGUCAGUCUGGUUUUAUUUUAAAAACUUAUAGUUUUGAACUUUGGAUCAAAGCGCAAAGCUGAAAAAUGCUGAGAGGACACUGGGUUAGAGGAGGUUAAUAAAGAAAGGUGUAGUAAUGGAGGAUUUCUUUCCCUGCCAGUGUUGCUGGUUUCCACAGUGCCAAUUUGGUGCUGCAUGCUUUUAGUUUCCCUUGAAAAUCUGAAAGUAAACCAUGUGUGCAUCUGUAAUAGUGAAGUGAAACAGUCUUUCAAAAAUGGAUAUACCUUUCCUUUGGAGGCAUUAAUGAGAAAAAUUAGUCAUUGAAUUUUAAAAAUUUUAGAACUUUCCAAUUUGGCCAUCAUGUUCGUUUUAGGUAAACGGCUGUGCUCCCGGAGAAAUUCAGCCACUGGAGUCAUUUCAGAGAUUUUACCCUUGAUUGUUAAUCAUUCAAAUGCUUUUGACAAUAUACUGUGAAAGACUGAAUUUCGAAUGAUUUGUUAGCAAAUCAUUCAAAAAAAUAUAUAUGCAUGUAUCCCACAUGAUGGCCAUUUAAAAAAAAAUAUAUGAACUCUGGUGUUUGUAUCUACUUUUAAUGAUUUCCCCGUGAUGAUAAGAUACUUGCAGCACUGUAAAGAUGUCAAGAAAAGCAAAGUUUUGGCGAUUCUGGAAAGUCCACUUGGUGGAUGUUUUGUUUUAUUUUUAUAUGCCAGUGUUUUGAGUUAUUGUGUAAUGUUAUAGUAGUUUGUCUGGAAUUUAAGUCUUUAUUUUUAAGAAUUUGAGUCCAAAAAGUAUUCCUUCCAGUGUUUUCUACGGCAGGUCUCUCCUUCAAUUUUUAAAUGAUAUUCUUUCCCAUUCUCCUAAUUGCUUUUAAGUCUGGAAAUAAUAAAGGAAAUAAUAAGGUACUAAAAAUAUACUUGUCUUCUAAAAGUAUCACAGUUUACUAUUGACAUUUUUAAAAAGCAAAUAGACCAUUUUUAGGUUUAAGUAUGGAACCUUGUUUAAUCCAGAAGUUUGAGAAGAGUAGCGCAUUAAUUGUAACCACUUUUGAACUGUGUCACAUGAUGGAACUAUUUUUAGUACGGAUCCUUGGCAUUCAUUUGUGUACAAUUUUAAUUUCAAGCCAGUAUGUGGUUUUCUCAGUGGCCUGUUUUUUGUUUUGUUUUGUUUACAGUCACAUAAAUAACAUCCCAUUAACCUUGUAAUGGUUUCUAAGAAACAAAAGGAUGCAUCUGUUUAGAAGUACAUGGCCUUCUUCAAUUAUAGCUUGUUGGUGUCAUAAGUAUGUACUCAUAAAUGGAUUCAUAUUUCAUUUUGCCAAUAAACUGAUUACAGUAC